UACCACAAUGUAGCUCUUACCUUAAUUGAGAGAUAUACAAAGUAUGAUCAUGUUACCAUCAAUACUUCCUGAGAUUUGUUCAUUCAUAGUUUGUAUGGUAUAAUCAAGAAAAAGAUAUAAAUUUGCUUAUAUCUCAGCAACAAAACACAAUUUGCCAAAACUGACGAGGAAAACAAAAGAACAUAUCUAUAUCAUCAUAUAUAACAACUUUCAGCUUGAUUGGAUCAAUGGUUGUUUUACAAUAAAUCACAACGUUUUGCAUUACAUAUGUAAUUCUGAUUCUUCGUUGCCUCAGCAAUCGUAAAAAUGUUAGGAUUUUUCUAAUUUCCGCUGCAUUGUUUACAUUUUGAAUUCUUAUCAACACAAAAAUGACACAAAACCAGUACAGCUUUAUACACAGGAUUAAGAAUAUCACAGAACAAUGGCCAAGAACAAUAGGUUGAAUAAUAAAGGCAAAAAUCCCAGAGGGCGUCCAAGAAGGAUUCGGAGGACUCUUAAUGGGCCACAGCGGCAAGUUCAAACGAAUGGAGGUACGAGACAACUAGAAAACUCAGUAAUCAUCGAGACAGACUAAAUGAGCUGUUAUGAGAGCAAGGUAUGGAGCGAAAAAAAUAUCCAAGUUCUGUCACAGAAUACCCAUGCAGAGAUCA